CUGCUCAGUUCUACAUUUGGCAUCAUUGCAAAUCUAAUAGCAUGAAUCCGUCCCUUUUCAUCGCUCGUCUCCUAGUCCUUGUACUUACUGUGGGGCAGAGCAUGUCCCUCUGUAUCCCUGUCGAGUACGUCAUCCAUGUGGAGAAGAGAGAAUGUGCCUACUGUUUGGCUAUCAACACCACCAUCUGCGAAGGAUUCUGCAUGACAUGGGACAGCAACGGUAAGAAGCUGCUGCCCCGGAGUGCCCUGUCCCAGGAGGUGUGCACGUACAAGGACAUGGUGUAUCGGACGGUCUUGAUCCCUGGCUGCCAGCACCAUGCUGCCUCCUACUAUUCCUACCCUGUUGCAGUGAGCUGCAAGUGUGGGAAAUGCAAUACCGACUACAGUGACUGCGUGCAGGAGGCCAGCAGGGCUGGCUAUUGCACUCUGUUCCAGAAACGACGUAGCCCAUUAAGUUCUGGCUAG